UGUACCUGAGUAUGUACCAGUAUGCUGGAAGUUACCUAUUACAUCACCGUUAAUGACGUAAUUGGUUGUAUGGAAGUAAGAUCACCUGAAAAUCGAAAGUUAGGCAUAACAUAACCUUGUUUUGUUUCUGUGUUUUUGUUGUAAUUUUUACUUGUACCUAUGUCGAUAUUAAGUAAUAAUAGUAUGUGGAUGAAUGCAUUAUUAGAAGAGUUUUGUAUAGAUGAUACUUUGACCACAAGUGUGCACAUAGUAAUGCAUUUUCUAUUAAAAGCCGUUCCUGAGUGGACCAAAUUUAUUGUAUUGCAAAAGCAAAGGAAAUGCCAUUUUCGUAUGCCACUUUGUUAUGAGGAAUGGAUAACAAACUAUCUUGAUACCGAUUUUUUUAUUCAUUUUCGAAUGAUAAAGUCAACAUAUUUCAAAUUGACCACUGCAAUUGGAAAAGAAUUAACAGUAAAAAAAUACAGAGGAGGGUUUGAAAUAAUACCUCUAGAGAAAGAAAUCCUAAUCACUCUCUGGUACCUUGCCAAAGGAGAAACGUUAGUGUCGAUCAGUGAUAGAUUUAAUGUUAGCGUGUCAAAAGCUUUCUAUAUUACCAUGAAAAUUAUUAAAGUUAUCUGCUCUCUUAUGCCUAUUUAUAUUAAGUGGCCUAAUGCGGAAGAUUGCGAACAAAUUGCAAAUGAUUUUCAACAGCGUUGUAAUUAUCCAGGUAAGGACAUUUUUAAACCGCACAGCAAUCAGCGUAAUAUGUUGUUCCUAGAUGUGAUUGGUGCUAUUGACGGUUGCCACAUAACUUGUAAAAUACCCAAGGAGCAGCAUGACAGUUAUCAGGAUCGCAAGUUUUGCCAUUCCAUUACCCUUCAAGGAGUGUGUAUUUCCUCCAGAUUAUUUACUAAUAUUUCUGUUGGUUAUCCAGGAUCUGUGCAUGAUGCACGAAUACUUAGAGAAUCGGACUUGGGAAAAAUCUGUGAAACUAACUGUUUCAAUCUGUUUUACGGUAGAUACCACUUGGUGGGAGAUUCCGCAUAUCCAUUAAGGUCAUGGUUAAUAACUCCGUAUAGGAACACUGGAAUUAUGCCGCUGCAACGGAAACACAACUACGCACAUAGUGUGACACGGGUUGUAAUCGAAAAUACUUUCGGCAUGUUGAAAGGCCGUUGGAGGAUUUUAAAUUUUGUUAAUGUAUAUACCAUUGAAAAGGCUAUUGAUAUUAUAACCGCAUGUUGUAUACUGCAUAAUUUUUGCUUGUUAACUUGUGAUAUAUAUGAAGUAGAUGUCACAUCAAGUGAACAUGAUAGUUGUGAUACUUAUAUUGGCCGUAGAGAUCGUGAAGGGACUAGAAAACGCGAUUUGAUAUCACAAACUCUUUAAUUCCUUUGUAAAAAAAUUAUAAAUACUGAUUUUGCUUGAAUAGAUAUACAUAUAAAAAUAUAAACAAUUUUUUAAUCAUCAUCAUCGCUAUCACUAGAAUGUCUUCUUCUUUUUCUUGUAGUUUUUUUAACCAUUGAUUCAAAUAACGAAACUAUUGUG